CGGUAUUUGUCGGUGUGAUUGGAGUGGUCCGACAGGGCCGAAGCGUGGGAUCAUUCAGCGACUGAUCAAUCAGUAGUAGCUCCUGAUCGUCGGUCACAGAUGGAGGCAACUGAGGUUCCUGAGCUGAUUCUGGUGUUCAGCGGGAAGAGAAAGUCUGGGAAGGAUUAUGUGACUGACUGGAUUCAGCGGCGUUUGGGCUCUGAGGUGUGCUGCAUCCUGCGACUGUCUGGACCACUGAAGCAGCAGUAUGCUCAGGAACACAGUCUGGAGCUCGAUCAGCUGUUGGGUUCUGGUCCUUACAAGGAGCGUUACCGUGCUGACAUGAUCCACUGGGGUGAAACUCGGCGCCGCCAGGACCCUGGAUUCUUCUGUCGUCUGGCAACUAGAGGGGCCAGGCAACCUGUGUGGGUGGUGAGUGACGCUCGUCGGCUGUCCGAUAUUCAGUGGUUCGUGUCCAAGUUUCCUCAACAGACUCGAAGUGUCCGAGUCCAAUGUUCAGAAGAAACCAGGACACAGAGGGGUUGGAGCUUCACCGCAGGUGUGGAUGAUGCUGAGUCAGAGUGCGGGUUGGACAGCGGUGUUCAGUUUGAUUGGAUCAUCACUAAUGAGGCUGACGCCCCCUCAUUAGACGAACAGCUGCAGCCAAUCCUGAAGCUUGCGGAGGAAGCAGCAUCAUCAUCAUCAUCCAUCAAUCGCAGAUGAUCAUCACUGAUUAAUACAUUAUUAAUACCUGCAGAAUGUUGGUGCUCAGGAUCAGCUGAUCAAUUUUUAAAAAUCCCUUUCAGUCCUCAGAGGCUCUGAUCAAUAAAUUAAUAUUGAUCAAUCAGGUUGGUGACAUCACUCAGACUCACCUGAGCAGGUGAAAUAUCAGAAACCAAUGAGUUAAAUCAAGUCUUUAUUGACACAAACAUAUCAGUUGAUCCUGACUCGUUAAACAGGUAAAGGCUGUUGGACCUGCACGUGACUGCAGCUGAGCAUGUGCAGAACAAAGUAAUCUGAUUACUAAGGAGGUGUACAUGAGUGCAGGUGAACUCUGAUGUAACAUCACAGGUUGAUCAGUAGGUGGCGAUGCUCACCUGGUGAUGGAUGAAACAUGUUUCAUAAAGUUUUCUGGUUUAUACCAGGAGGUAAACUUCUGGUCGGUUCCUCCAUGCUCAUGUGUUCAGGCUUUUAUUUGGAACCUUGUGUUUAACACCAAAAUGCUGUGAACUCUCGGUAGUUCCUUCAGAAAGUGUCUUUACAGAAACAUGUGUGACCUGAGCCAGAACCUGAACCUUUAAACUGAUUGUUUGCUGCCUUUGUGCCUUUCAGCAGCUGAUUAUGUUUAACAGCAGUAAGUCUGUUUCACUGUUCAAUGCAAACUUCUUGUCCCUGAAUGUUAAUUAAAAUUAUUUAUAAAAAUAAACUUUACCAAGAGAAAACUGAGCUAUUUGAGUCUUUGAUUAUUCUGGAGUUUUCUCCCAAACUGACUUCUACUUGGAAACUUUCUGGUACUUUUACUUUGACUAAUUUCAGAGAAAAAAUUUCAACUUUUCACAGCACAACAUUAAUCUGGCAUCUGCAGUUUGAAACCUAAACUGUAAAAUAAAUUAGUGUUAAUUCCACCUCAAUCAGAUCAGCCCAGCUGAUCAUUCACAGAUCAAUAAAACCUCAGAGUCUGUGUUUGGGUCUACAUACCAGUGCCGGUGCUUUUAUUUAUAAAAUCCUGUCAUGGUUUAUUACAAUGAGCUGUGACAUCAGCACAGCAAUG